AUUAAAGUCUCUCUAUGUGUAAGUCUAAGAUGUCCUUUAAUACUACAUGUGGGUUGUUUGGUAUCUAACAGUUAAGCGGCUGGAUAGAAAAAUGCUGGAUCAUUUUCUGCCCUUUGACCCACACACAUAACACGGUACAGAAAGUGAAAAUAAAACUGUGGCGAUGACCCACAUUAGUUAGUAAAGACAUUCACCUCAGUCUCCGCUCUGAUCAUUGUUAUUUACAUCUCCACAACUGGUGACCCCGCAUUUAACAUUGCCCGCGGCGCCUUUUCUUUCCGAGGAAAAGUUUUGUUUUGUUUUUUUUCCAGUUAGGAAAAAUCGACGGCUCUGACUUCAUACCUGUGAUUCUGGACGGCAAUCGCGUCAUAUUUACCGACUAUAAAGACACGUCGAGUUCUGCCCUCGGAGGAACACGAUAAUAUGUGUAGGCCGAGACUACUACGACUCUGAAAUAUGCAAAUAUGCUGAUGAUAGACGUGUGUAAGGGUGUCUAAACCUGUGUGUAAGGCGAGUUGAUGAAUUCUUUCUCUUAUCUUACAGACCAACAACUGAGAUAUGUGUGGCUCAUUCUGCUCUGGACACAAUGUGAGACAGCGCCCGUUUCAGACAUUCUUGUGGUUUCUGUUCAGCCUCCUGACCUUGUGCGCCCUGGCCUCUCGGCCACACUGCCAUGCUGGCUCAAUCCACCUCAAAAUGCAGAAGAUCUGGAGGUACGCUGGUAUCGUGAUAACUAUGAUACCCCUGUCCUGCUCUACAAGGCAAAGGCGUUUGACGACACCCAGCAGGACGCUUCCUAUGCUGGUCGAGUCUUGUUUGGCUUAAAGGAUGCGACAUCUGGUGGACUGAAGACAGGUGAUGUCAGCCUUAAGCUGGUAAACACCACCAUUCAGGAUGCAGGGCAGUACACAUGUUACGUCACCAGUUUACAGGGUUAUGACAGUUCACCUGUGACUCUUGUGGUGACAGAAACGGGACGCUCAUCUGUUCUAUCAGCAGUGCGGACAGAAGACAACAUGGUGAAUGUGAGCUGUGAAUCUGAAGGAUGGUAUCCUCAGCCCGUCCUGCGCUGGUCCGACCAGCACAAGGAACUGAAUCAUAAAAGUCUGCUGUUCAACAAGGACUCUUCAGGUCUCGUUUCAGUCCACAGCUGGCUCCUUGUCCCCAGCUCCUCUAAAGUUUCCUGCUCAGUAGUGCUGCCUAAUAAAGACACAAGAGAAGCCACAUUGCUCCUGGAUUUUCCCCCUCAACCUGCAGGAACAGCUGGAUGGGUGGCCUUCGCCAUAGUCCUCGUAGCUGCUUUAGCUUUAGCUGCACUGGUGAUGUACUACAAGAAGAAAGUGAAGACAUUUAAGCCAAGCAGGGACGAACGUGACGCAGCAGGUGAACCCCUCCUACCAAAAGCACUGGCCAACAACAACUAUGUGAAUGUUAAACUUGAGGACACAGACACUCCAUUUCUCAAGAUCAGAAACAAUAAACUAAGAGAUACCACAUAUGAAAAUGUUCCAGAAGGACCAAGAGUUACCUGUCUCACAGCUGUCAAAGGAUCACCUGGCUUCACUUCUGGACAACACUACUGGGAGGUUUCCCUGAGGGUGCGAAAUGAUAUACAUGCCAAACAGUCCUGGUGGCUGGGAGUUACAGCCGCAAGAGAAAUUCCUAAUGAUUAUAAUUUUACUCCAAACACAUCUAAUGGUUUCUGGUUCCUGUCGUCUUCACCCGACAGAGCAGAUAGUUUUCAAGUUAGCACAGAGCCAAAGGUUUUUUUUGCUUUCACUGAGAGACCGUCGAAAGUUGGUGUGUAUUUGGAUUAUGACAAGGGAGAGAUUUCCUUUUAUAACGUGGAAGAAGAAAGUCUGAUCGGAUCUUUGGCAGCGACAUUCACAGGUGAAGUCUUUCCGCUUUUCAAUCCUGGUAGAGAUGACAUUUCUUCCAUGGAGAUACUACACAGGGAAGAACAGAAUCAGUCUAGUAACGACGCUGGGUCUCCUGAAAAGACAUCAGAUGGGACAGGACAGAAUCAGUCUAGUAACAACGCUGAGCCUCCUGAAAAGACAUCAGACGGGACAGGACAGAAUCAGUGUAGUGAGAACGUGGGUUGUGGAGGUGAAACAGCAGAAGCAUUCUGGACGGCAAUCGCGUCAUAUUUACCGGCUAUAAAGACACGUCGAGUUCUGCCCUCGGAGGAACACGAUAAUAUGUAUCAACAACUGAGAUAUGUGUGGCUCAUUCUGCUCUGGACACAAUGUGAGACAGCGCCCGUUUCAGACAUUCUUGUGGUUUCUGUUCAGCCUCCUGAACUUGUGCGCCCUGGCCUCUCGGCCACACUGCCAUGCUGGCUCAAUCCACCUCAAAAUGCAGAAGAUCUGGAGGUACGCUGGUAUCGUGAUAACUAUGAUACCCCUGUCCUGCUCUACAAGGCAAAGGCGUUUGACGACACCCAGCAGGACGCUUCCUAUGCUGGUCGAGUCUCGUUUGGCUUAAAGGAUGCGACAUCCGGUGGACUGAAGACAGGUGAUGUCAGCCUUAAGCUGGUAAACACCACCAUUCAGGAUGCAGGGCAGUACACAUGUUACGUCACCAGUUUACAGGGUUAUGACAGUUCACCUGUGACUCUUGAGGUGACAGAAACGGGACGCUCAUCUGUUCUAUCAGCAGUGCGGACAGAAGACAACAUGGUGAAUGUGAGCUGUGAAUCUGAAGGAUGGUAUCCUCAGCCCGUCCUGCGCUGGUCCAACCAGUACGAGGAACUGAAUCCUAAAAGUCUGCUGUUCAACAAGGACUCUUCAGGUCUCGUUUCAGUCCACAGCUGGCUCCUUGUCCCCAGCUCCUCUAAAGUUUCCUGCUCAGUAGUGCUGCCUAAUAAAGACACAAAGGAAGCCACAUUGCUCCUGGAUUUCCCCCCUCAACCUGUGGGAACAGCUGGAUGGGUGGCCUUCGCCAUAGUCCUCGUAGCUGCAUUAGCUUUAGCUGCACUGGGAGUGAUGUACUACAAGAAGAAAGUGGAGAAAUCUAAGCAAAGCAGAGACGAACGUGACGGUAAGAUCGUCUACAUUUAACACAUUAUUCUCCACUCUCUCA